CCCCAUGAGCCGAGGAGCUGAGCGGUGGGGGAGAGGAGCCAGAGGACGAGGCAGGGCUGUUAUCAGAAACGGCCGAGACAGAGAGCAUGAUCUCCGGGAGAAAGUGAGAGGAGAGAGUCGCUGAUUUUCAGUGCUUUUCUCCGGUCAGCUCCGUCCACAGCUGAGUGUGUGGAGGAGGAGGAGAGGACUGGAUAAUUCUUCUUCUUCUUCUUCAUGCUGCUGUUUCUCUCUGGUUGAGUGUUUUGAGUGUGUGUUUUUAUGUUUACACGCCUCAGACGCCACGUUUUGGUGCCUUAUUGACUUACUGCAGAGCUUCUGAAUGGAUAAGGCUUGUUUAUUUGGUUUACAGCCUCUGGAAAAGGAUAGAAUGGACAGAAAAGACCGCAACUCCGUUUUUUCUCUGUGUUCUGCUGCAGUAAACGUGUUAGAAUAGCUAGGUUAACUUUUUUUCCCUAACUAUUCCAUGAACCAAAGCCUUGGAGAAGUCAUGAGGGGUUGAGGCUUCAGGAACAAGGCUGCUAACCUGGAGCUUCACACAUGCUGAGGGGUAUCCGUGCUUUUAAAACUCAGCAGAGAGAAGGAGAAAGAGAGAAGAAAGAAGGACAGGAGGAGGUGGAGGAGUAGCACAGCCUCCCAGGCUUGGUUUAUUUAGUCUACAACUACUUAUUCUUCUUUGUCCUUCUUUGAAGAAUAAGAAGAAUAAUAAGAGAUGGAGGGACAGGAUAAUGAAAACAAAGGGACCUCCUCCAGCAGCAGCACCGCCAAGCCCGAUAAAUGCUUCUCCCUCUGGUACCUGGGCUGGAGCUCUCUGGACCGGAGGACCACCCUGCCCAUGCUGCCCUGGCUGGUGGCGGAGAUCCGCAGGCGCGGCGAGAGGACCGAGCCCGGUCCCGCUCAGGCCCGCCAGGUCCAGCUGUCCCUCUCCCCGCCGGUCAUCCGCUGCGUGCCGGCCAACAGCAGCAACACGUCCGUCUUCAUCUUCGAGCACAAGGCGCAGUUCAUCUCGAGGUUCAUCCACAACAGCCAUGACCUCAGCUACUUCGCCUACCUCAUCCGCAGCCAGCCCGAAGACCCCGAGUCCGAGAUGGCCUGCCAUGUGUUCAAGGCUGGAGAGCCCAACCAGGUACCUGAAGUCAUCAGCAGCAUCAGGCAGGCCUCUAAAGCUGCACUGAAGGAGGACAGCAAACCCAAGCAAGAAGGAGAAGAACCUUUUUACAACUCCCAGAAGUUCGAGGUGCUUUACUGUGGCAAGGUGAUGGUCGCUCACAAAAAAGCCCCCUCCACCCUCAUCGACGACUGCAUAGACAAGUUCCGGCAGCACGAGGUGGAGCGCAAGCGGCAGCGUCUGCUGAACGGCCAGCGUGGCUCCUCUGAGACGGUGGAGUUCAUCGUCGGGGACGACCCUCUGAGUUCCUCGCUCAUUGAAGAGGCAGAAGCAGAAGCUGGGGAUCAGGCCAAAGUGAGUAAUGGGAAGCUGGGCAGCAGCCCCAGCGUGGGCAGCCUGCGUGGAGCUUUCCCUGAGUGUAUUCUGGAGGAUUCUGGCUUCGAGGAGCAGCAGGAGUUCCGCACGCGCUGCAACAGCUUGGCCGGCGGCAUGCAGAGCAGAUCGGUACAAGCGGGAGCCAAAGGACCUACUCGCAGGAGACACGCCAGCGCACCCAACAACGUCCAGCCCUCAGACGCAGACAAGAACCGCACCAUGCUCUUCCAGGUGGGACGCUUUGAGGUGAACCUCAUCAGCCCUGACAGUAAGACGGUGGUGCUGGAGAAGAAUUUUAAAGAUAUCUCCUCGUGCUCUCAGGGACUGAAACAAACCGACCACUUCGGCUUCAUCUGUCGAGAGGCGGUAGAGUCUGGAUCCAGCCAGUACUUGUGUUAUGUGUUCCAGUGUGCCAGCGAGUCUCUGGUGGAUGAGGUGAUGCUGACCCUGAAGCAGGCCUUCAGCACAGCUGCUGCUCUGCAGAGCUCCAAGACGCAGGUUAAACUGUGCGAGGCCUGUCCCAUGCACAGCCUGCAUAAGCUCUGCGAGAGGAUUGAAGGUUUGUACCCUCCCAGGGCAAAGCUAGCCAUUCAGAAACAUCUCUCCCUGCUGAGCGAUAAUGAGCAAGCAGACAUCUUUGAGCGAGUGCAGAGGUUGAAGCCAAGUUCAGAUCAGGAGGAGAACGAGCUGGUUAUUCUUCACCUCAGGCAGCUGUGUGAGACCAAGCAGAAGACCCACGUUCAUAUUGGGGAAGCUCCUCAGAAUACCUCCAAUAACACUGCCUCCGACACGGCGGCUGGACGGAAUAAGCUGGACGUGCUAAAGAACAAAGCCCGCAGCUCUCUCACCAGCUCUCUGGAGAACAUCUUCUCACGGGGGGCUAGCAGAAUGCGCAUGCGCCUGGGAAGCAUGGGCAGCUUUGAUCGUCAGGACGAUUCUCCCGGCGACUCACCUCCAGGGACCCCUCCAGGUUAUUUGGAGGAGGACCCUGAUGCCCCUCAGUUCCGUCGGCGGGCACACACCUUCAGCCACCCGCCAAUCAAGAAGAGGAUCUCUUUCACAGACGCCCCGACCCAGGCCAAAGCCCCCCUGCGCAGGCAGCACUCUGUCGCUCCUGAGCUGCUUCAGAGCAGCCCCGUCAACGUCACAAGACAGCGCAGCGUGUCUGAGGGCGAGUCCUCCUUCAGCCUCCCCUCCUCCUUCAGCACUUCCACUUUCCUGAAAAGUAUUUACCAGGGCUCGCUCAGCUCGCUGGCCUCCCUGCCGGACAGCGCCAGCCCAAAGAGUAAUGGAGAGGGCAGGAAGAGGACACUGUCUGGCUGCAGCAGUGACUCGCUGGUGGUCGUGACUCCACGCAGAGUGUCCUGGCGUCAGAAGAUCUUUCUCCGAGUGGCCUCGCCCAUGAACAAGGCUGCGGCGUCCACGGCUGACAUGGAUGGCCAUGAGCUGCUGCCACUCUCUCCUUGUGCCUUAGACCCCAGGCAGGACGCUCUGGCUGGACUGCUGCCCUCAGAGCAAAGCACAGGAGGAGAGACAGGCUGUCGCACUCCAGCUGAUUACAGAGCACUAUGGAAAAAAGCCAUCCACCAACAGAUCCUUCUUAUUCGCAUGGAGAAAGAGAACCAGCGACUGGAGGCCAGUCGGGAUGAGCUGCACAUUCGGAAGAUGAAGCUGGACUAUCAGGAGGUGGGUGAGUGUCCUAAGGAGGUGCAGGCUCUGUGGGAGAGGAAGCUGAACGUGCCCUGCAGGACCAAGGUGCAGUGGGACAAAGAGGAGAUCCACACCCCACUCUGCCAAGGUGUGCCUAAGGGUCGUCGUGGGGAGGUGUGGCUGCUUCUCUCUCAGCAGUAUCGUCUGCGUCACCGCCUGCCUCAGCGACAGCAGGCUCCUGACACGCCUUACCAAGACCUACUGAAGCAGCUGACCGCCCAGCAGCAUUCAAUCCUGGUGGACCUGGGUCGCACAUUCCCCACACAUCAGUAUUUCAGCACUCAGCUGGGCGCGGGUCAGCUGUCCCUCUACAACCUGCUGAAGGCCUACUCCCUGCUGGACACGGAGGUGGGAUACUGCCAGGGCAUCAGCUUCGUGGCGGGUAUUCUGCUGCUGCACAUGAGCGAGGAGCAGGCCUUCGACACGCUCAAAUUCCUCAUGUAUGACCUGGGCCUGCGUCGCCAGUACAGACCCGAUAUGAUCUCCCUGCAGAUUCAGAUGUACCAGUUGUCACGGCUGCUGCACGAUUACCACCGUGGCCUGUACUCACACCUGGAGGAGCACGAGAUCAGCCCCAGCCUGUACGCCGCGCCCUGGUUCCUCACGCUCUUCGCCUCGCAGUUCCCUCUAGGCUUUGUGUCCCGCAUUUUCGACCUGCUGUUCGUCCAGGGCACGGACGUGAUCUUUAAGGUGGCGCUGUGUCUGCUGAGCAGCCACGAAGGAGAGAUACUGGAGUGUGACAGCUUUGAGUGCAUCGUAGACUACCUUAAGACCACCAUUCCCACCCUGUCACAGAAUCAGAUGGAGGAGACAAUCACUAAGGCUUUAGAAAUGGACAUUUCCAAGCAGCUGCAUGCCUAUGAGGUGGAGUACCACGUUCUGCAGGACGAGAUGAUGGAUGCUCCUCAGACGCUGUCAGAAGACUCUGAUAGGCUGGACAAACUGGAGAAGACCAAUGCCCAGCUGAAGAAGCAAAAUAUGGAGCUGCUGGAGAAACUACAGGCGGCGCGGGUGAAGAUCCAGAGUUUGGAGACCAGCGUGGAGAGCUUUCUGGCUCGCGAGAGUCAGAUGAAGCACCUGAUUCGCUCGCUGGAGCAGGAGAAGACGUCCUACCAGAAGACCAUCGAGCGCAUGCGCAGCAGCCUCCCGCAGGACUCGGCUGCAGAAGUGGAGAUGACCCAGCUGAAGUCCGGCAGCAACGGCAAAACCAAAGCAGCCAGCAAGAAGCCUUGAUUCGGCAAACGAAUCCACAGUGUAAAGAGUCGAUUCAUUUGAGACGUUUGAGACGACCAUCAUGUGUGUUCUGAUGGUUCUCUCAAAGCUCGCAGCAUUUAUGGGCUGAUGAUGAGAGUUCACACAUACUGUGGAAGCUUGGGUAUCCACUGUGAUGAUCAGGGCUAGAGUUGGAGCUAUGGGAGGGUAGCCUAGCCCCUAGCCGUGUAGCCUUCUGAAAAAAAAAAAAAAAAGAAGCAAAAAACAAUUUUACUUCCAUGCCGAUAAAGCAUGGAAAGGAAAGACUGCUGCAAAGGAAAUAGCGAGUGGGAAAUGGAAAUGGGAAUAGGAAGUCUGCGUCUGCUUGUGUCACAUUUGCUCUGAUCCGAUUUGUUCACUUCAGGACUUCAGGUGCAGAAGAAGGUGGCUUCCCUAAGUGAUAAGAACAGAAAGGAAGCGUUGCAGCGCUACAGCCUGUGUGGAUUCGUGAAUUUGAAAAUACUUGAAAACGAUACGAAUGUAUUUUCUUUCCAAAGAUCAGUGAGACUCGCGGCUGUGGGCGUACUGAGGAGCGCUGCCCUGAUGUCGACGUAUGUUAUGGGAGCGCUUUUCUUCAUUUUUAUAUAUAUAUUUUUUCUUUUCGUCUUUUCGCUCUCGCUGGAGAGCUUCUCCUGAUGAAAUGCAACAAAAGGGAGUGUGACUCAAUCAUCCCGAGAAACCAAAAUAUUUAGGCCGUCAAAUCGACACUGUGCUGAAAGAGCUUAACCCAAAGUUCAAGCAGGAAAUGAAACCGUCUCUGAGUUUCCGCUGUGACUUAGCAGUGUCAUCCAAAUUUAACCUGCUCUCCAGAACUCCUACGCCUAUCUGGCACUUCACCUGUUACUGAAUGUACUUCAAGGCGAAUCAUUCAUCACGUCAAAAGAGACGAAAAAAAAAAAAAAAAAGCAAGCAAGUCUGCUGUUGCGUUAGUUUUGCAUACUGCUCUCUCUCUCUCUCUCUCUCUCUCUCUGUCUCUAAUCUGUGUGUAUGUGUGUGAGAAACGUCUGUUUGCGAAGCUGAUUUCGAUUAUGAGCAUAUUUCAUACACCGUAUACAAAUACUACAGAAACAAAAUGCAGAAAUGCAGAAACAAAACAAAAGCUCGCUUGACCCCAAAUGAAAUUUGUCUUUCGUGCUGUGUGUAACUCCAAACUCCAAAAUUGUGCUUGACAUUUGCACAAAUAUUAUUGUUAAAUUAUGCUUAGCGCCGUGUGUCUCAGUGCGUCCGUGCAGGGCUCUGACUUCUCGUAACUCCCCUCUUAUGUGUCUUAUUUGCUGAAAGAAAAAAAAACCCAAAAAAUUAAAAAGCCUCUUGCGUCAGAACUUAUCCGUCAACGAAGCCUUAUAAGUGAUUUAUGCAGAUUAUUUCACGCAUUGUUAAUGAACGCAGGCUAGCUGGUGAAGCUAUGCAAAAUGCCGCGCACUUAAUUUGCAAAAAAAAACUUGUUGUUUUAAUCCCUGUUGAUAAAAAGUACUUCAGUUAUGUGCAGCUUGCCUGAGAAAAGGACCCUCCAGCUGCAGCCAUGUCGGUGAAGUGCAGCUAUUUAACAUGGAUUGAGUGAAUCUGUGUAAAGCUCCCCAUUCCCUCUGCCCUAAAGGGUGUGAUAAGUACGACAUUUUUGUAUUAAAAUGUCAUGAAAUAUUAGGAGAAAUGAAUAUUGCUUAACAUUUUGUAGGUGUGGAGUGGGAUUAGUUGAUUUGUAUGCUGGCACUUCAGCUUCUGUCUUGAUUAAGGUGGCUGUUUUUUGUUUUAUCUCUUUAUCUUUUUGUACGAUGGCUGUCUGAAGCAAUAUACAGGUUUCUCCUGUAGUACUGAGGUCAAUCAAGAAAUCAAGAUAUGCAGAUUACUCUAAUGUUGUUCAGAUGUUUUUUUUUUUUUUUUGUAAUUUCUCAGUUUUCCAUAAGUGUAAUUCCCGUCAAGCUGUGUGACCAGGUGAGAACCAUUAACAUGCAGAUGAUUGAGUAAAACAUGGUUAAACAUGAUGGGUCACGUUGUGCUGUUAUUAAAGCAGCUUAAAGCAGCUUAAUGUACAGAGAACCAUAAAGAGUGAUGUUCCAUACUGGUGAUUCAAGUGUGUAUUUAGUAGUAUGAGAGAGUAGGAAUGAGUUAACCAGUUAAAACUUGAUCUAAACAGUCAGUGUAAUGUUUAUUAAGUAAAUUUUCAGAUUUUUCGUUUGAGGCUAAAUGCGAAAAUAGAAAAUUGGGUGUAAAAAACAGUAAAAACUCAUUAUUUCAUUUGUUAUAUAGUGCAGUGUACAAGACAUUUAGUUUUCAUACAUUUUUCCAAUUGUAUUUUAUGUUUUUUUAUUUUUAUCUCUGCCCCUUGCAAUUGUGAUUUCAGGAAAAAAAUGAAUAUUUUCUUUAUUUUCUGAUUUUUAAAUUUGGUUUUAAGUUGAAUUAUGCCAUCAGAUUUGUGUUACAAGAUACAAAAAUGGACAAAUCUGACAAUCGAAAUCUUGAAAUUCUGUUUGUGAAAUAAAAUGAAUGAAAUGAAAAACUUGAUAAUUGAAAAAUUGGAUUAAACCCCAUUUCUUCUUCAUUCUGGAUUUAGCUUGAUACAGAAAAUUAAACUUCUAAACGUUAGACUGACUCUAAACUCAUCUCCAUCACAUUUUACAGGACUUUCACAGAGUUAUAUUCUAUGGACAUUUGGGAGAAGCUGUCCAGGCUUUUUUUUUUUUUUUGGCCAAUAAUAUACAAAUCUGAUCCAUCCGUCCUGAUCUGUGUUCAUGUGGUUUCUUUUUUGAGUUACGUCCACUGUUGUAUUUCCACAGUCUGAAUCAUUGUAUGAUUUAGGUGAUUUACUGAUUAUUAGGGAUGCACUGAUACUGAAAUUGUAUGCGAUCCCUUGGACUUGGAAUUCUAGCCACCCACUGCCCUGUCCACUGUGGGUGAGAAUGCUAAUGCUAAUGCUUCUGAGAAGUAUUCACUUUAAAAGUGAUGCUGCACAUUGAGAAAUGUCUCAAUCAGAUGGAUAAUUAAAGUCAUCUUGCUAUGA